AGUUGUAUCUAGUUGCAACAAGAUUGUAAUUAAUUUUAUGUAUGUCAUUUAGUACGUUCUCGGAGGAUACUCGAUACAUUAGUCCUACAUACCAAAAGUGAAAAGUACUUACGAUUUGCAUAUUUAGUGAUCACCAGAUUUUAUUAUAAGCUCAAAGUUACCAAAUAAGAUAUUAACAUGAGUGAAGUUAAUGUAAACGAAGAUUUGGUCAAAGAGAGAAAGAAGUGCACUUUCGAUGUCGAAGAGUUAAUUCAUUUAGUGGAUGGUGGGAAACACAACACAUUGGAGAGGAAAAAAGUUGAGCAAUAUGUGCUAAGUAUAAAGGAACUGAAAGACGAUGUUCCCGAGGAGUACUUGAGUCACAAGGAACGCUACGAGAACUCGGUGCGCAAGGGGAGCAUUCUUUUCAUGGUGCUUAUGAAAGGAAUACUAGAGCGGAAACGAAAUAAAGAUGAGGGAAUUUCAUAUAACUACAAAAUUAUAAAUGGAGUGGUAAAGGACGUAACACCAUUUAUGCUUCACUUUGGUAUGUUCCUGCCGACGCUCGCUUCGCAAGCGUCGCCGGAACAGCAGCGGGAAUGGCUCAAGAAAGGUAGUAAAAUGAUCGGUACUUAUGCUCAGACUGAACUUGGUCAUGGAACAUUUCUAAGAGGCUUGGAGACAACCGCUACAUAUGACGCUGACACGGAAGAAUUUAUCAUACACAGUCCAAAUUUGACUUCUUACAAAUGGUGGCCCGGAGGAUUGGCGCAAACUGUCAACCACUGCAUCGUAAUGGCCCAGUUAUACAUCAAGGGAAAGAACCACGGUAUUCAUCCCUUUUUGGUACAAAUACGAGACAUAGAAACUCAUAUGCCGUUACCUGGGAUCAAAGUAGGCGAUAUUGGACCAAAACUUGGAUUCCAAACUGCCAACAAUGGUUUCCUUGGAUUUGACAAUUAUCGAAUUCCAAGAAUGAAUAUGCUUAUGCAGAAUUCUCAAGUGUUAAAGGACGGUACAUACGUUAAAGCAAAGAACGAUAAACUGACGUACGGCGCAAUGGUUUUCGUACGAGUCACGAUAGUAGCGGACGUGGCGUACGAGCUGGCGCGCGCCGCCACCAUCGCCGUGCGCUAUGCAGCAGUCAGGCACCAAUCCAGACCCAAGCCUAAUGAGCCGGAGCCUCAAAUCUUGGACUACUUGACACAGCAGCACAAGUUGUUCAUUGCGGUGUCAACGAGCCACGCAUUCCGCAUUGUGGGCCGCUGGCUUUGGAGCACAUAUACCAAGGUCGUCGCAGACAUACGUCACGGCAAUAUGGACCAGCUACCAGAGCUCCAUGCCCUGGCGUGCUGUCUGAAGGCAGUGUGCAGUAAAGAUGCCUCAGUUUGCGUGGAGCAGUGUCGUUUCGCGUGCGGCGGCCAUGGCUACAUGCAGUCCUCCAACUUGCCCAUCAUAUACGGCAUUGUCACGGCAACUGUCACUUACGAAGGAGAGCACACUGUGAUGUUGUUGCAGACUGCCAGAUAUCUCGUAAAAGCAUACAAGCAAGCCAGAGAGGGUAAAAGUUUAACGCCGACUGUCGCUUACAUGGCCAAGUAUUUGAAGAGUGGCAGUCAUUGCUGGCAGAACACGCCCGAAAGUAUCAUUGGAGGCUUUCAAGCUGUCGCUGCUGGGAAAACAAAGGAAGCGUGUGAAUCAUUGUUCCGACAUGUCAAGUCCGGGAAGGAUUACGAAGAUGCUUGGAACUUAUCAUCUGUGCAACUGAUCAUCGCCAGUGAGGCGCACGCUCGCGCUGUUCUAUGCGAGAUGUUCUGGAAGGAGAUUCAAAGAAUAUCAUCCACCGUAUCUCCAAGUUUGGCGAUAGUUUUGAAACAAUUAGCGGAACUGUAUCUUAAGUAUUGGGCUCUAGAGAAACGCGGCGAUAUGUUAAUGUAUUCGAAUAUAACUAAAGAAGACAUCAGCAGCUUGCAGAGAAGAUAUGAGGAAUUGUUGGCACUCAUUCGACCGAAUGCUGUGGGAAUUGUGGACGCGUUCGAUAUCAGAGAUGAGAUUUUGUGUUCUACCCUCGGUGCUUAUGACGGUCGUGUCUACGAGAGACUGAUGGAGGAGGCGAUGAAGAGUCCACUUAACAAGGAGCCCGUCAACCAGAGCUUCCACAAGUACAUCAAGCCGCUACUGAUACAAGCCAAGCUAUAAAAAACCCGUUUAAUAUGAAUAUUAUGUCC